CGUUGUCCAGUAGGAACACCAAGCUAGAAUCAUGGGGUCCAAUGGGAGUAAGCCUGCCGCUACAGGGGACAUGAGAUAUAUGGAAAUAUAUAGUCAUGGCAGCACCAGUUAUUGUAGCAAAUGGUAUAAACUGUACGGCUUCCGAGGAAAGUUGGAGAAAACAGCAGUAAGAUAAUUAAGCAACAAAUUGAGAGCAGCAACAGCUGGAACAACACAAGGCAAGAAAAGAAAGAAGUUAGAAGCUCAACUGCGGGUUGCAGCUUUAUGGGCUGAACAAGCCCAUAAAAGGACAGGUGGAGCAGAAGAAGGUAUGAUAGCAGCGGCUGUUUCAGUGAAAGCAGACGAGGAGACAGGGCGUUCAGGGUCAGUUGACGCUGUACGCCGCGAGAAAGAGAGAGCGAUAGUGGAAGAACACAAAGCGCAGGAACAAAGAAUAAAAAGGAAGCAAGAGAAAGAGAGAAAAGACAGGGAAAGAGAGACACAAAAACGCAUCGACAAAGAAAUGGCAGAUGCAUUAAGCCCACUGCACACCAGAAAAAAUAAGGGGGAAACCAAGUUAUAUCCUGUUGAAGAAUUAAGAGAAGCAGAACAAUCCUUCGACGGAACAGCAUAUCAGGGUGACGCUUAUCCAUUAGUACAAGUGGCCAACCCGCACUAUGGAGUUGACGGUGACCUAGAAAGAAUGUUAAGAGUGUUCCGCCCAUGGACAAUGGAUGAGUGUAAAAAGGCUUGUGAGGGACUGACUCCAUACAAACAGGACCCGGCGCAGUUUGUCCUUGACCAUACUGCAUUAAUAGCGUCAUAUGGUUUAAAUGGACAUGAAGUUUUAAGAACCCUUAUGACAAUCUUUGGCCACGAAUGGGCCAGGGUAAAGGGAGAUUUCACCGGGUCCUGGCCCAAUGGAAACCCGCUGGAACCAGGUCAGCAGGACCUCAUAAAUGCACUCGCUCCCGUAAAUAUCUCAAUCGAGAGGGUUUUUGCACUGAGACGAGACUUUACUAAAGUCUCAGGGUGUAGACAGGGAGAAAAAGAGUCAGUACAAGAUUUCAGAAUCAGAAUGGAAGAUUGUUUCCGUAUCCAUAGCGGAAUUCCACCCAGCAAUGCUGUUGACUCCCCAUAUGUGCAGCAGCUGAAACAAAGCCUGAUGAAUGGGUUGCACCCAGGUAUUGCUGACUUUAUCCGCAAGCAUAAUGUUAACCAUAGGACAUGCGACUUACAAGAGUGCCUAAAUUAUGCAGAACAUGCAGCAACCCAGAUCAAAGAAAAAAGACAUAAGAAAGCGUCAGCAUCAGCUUUCUUCAUAGGAGAAGAUGGGGAAGAAAAUCAGAUUUUCUUUGUGGGACCAGGACAGGGGAGAGGCGGGUUUAACAGAGGACGAGGGAAUGAUAGAUGAACAGGCAGAGGCAGAGGAGGAGGCAGAAACGCAGAAGGCAAAUUCCUCUGCUACAGGUGCGGAAAGGAGGGGCACAUGGCGAGAGACUGUGAGGAACAGAGACCACAGAACAAAGAAGGGGGACAAAAGGGACAGUACAAAGACGAAAGACAUGGCCCCCCCCCUUCACAUAACCUACAUAGUUAUGACAACUGACUAGACGUAGAAAAGGAAGAAGAGGACGUCCACACACAUCACAUUGACCUUUCUGAAGUAUUCAGAAUAAACAACAAGAUAGUACUCCCUGUUAGUCUCUACAAAACAGCAGCUCAUUUGAGUCAUGGGCCGUGCCAUGUCUCAACAGGAGGGAUGGUGACAAUAAUAAAUGAACACUUCCAUACAUACAACUAUAUUACAUUUUCUAAAAACUUUUGUAGAGCCUGUGUAGUAUGUUGCAGACACAAUGCUCAAGGCAAUGAGCGACCACAGAGAGGAAAGUAGAAACAUGCAUGAGAAUCACACCCACGGCAACAGGGUUGUCUCCCUUUGAGAUCAUAACAGGAAGGCAAUUCAGACUACCAAUCACAGACGAGGUGAAGGAGGAGGGUGAUGCUGAGGCAGAGACUACAUUAGCUGAAUGGAUGAGCAGACUCUUCAGAAGCAAUGAGAUAGCUCGAACAAAUAACUUGCCAGACAUUUCUACUCCCUUACAGGAUACU